AUCAUACUCGACAGCACUGGUCGAUUCCUAACCUACGGAGCUCUUCUAAUCAGUAUUGUCUUCACUGCGUUCUCCUUUGCAUUCUAUGUUGGCCUCGGGAGUAUCUUCCCUGAGUACUCCAGCGUUCCACAUGCGUUCGCUACGGUCAUCUUCUCCCUAAUGAUGAGU